GCGAAGGCGGGAGGCGGAGGCGGAGCCGGCACCGCCCCUCGGCGCUUCCCGGCUGCAGGAAAGUUUUGCCCAGGAGCCGAGCGGCCCGGCCCGGGCCAUGGCCAAGUCCUACGAUCACCUCUUCAAACUGCUGCUGAUCGGGGACAGCGGGGUGGGCAAAACCUGCCUGAUCAUCCGCUUCGCCGAGGACAACUUCACCAGCACCUACAUCUCCACCAUCGGGAUCGACUUCAAAAUCCGGACAGUGGAAAUUGAAGGGAAAAAGAUCAAACUCCAGGUCUGGGACACGGCAGGACAGGAGAGGUUUAAAACCAUCACGACGGCGUAUUACCGAGGAGCCAUGGGAAUCAUCCUCGUGUACGACAUCACAGAUGAGAAAUCCUUCGAGAACAUCCAGAACUGGAUGAAGAGCAUCAAGGAGAUCUGCUCUCUCCUCCAGAACGCUUCUGCGGGGGUGGAGCGCCUCCUCCUGGGGAACAAGUGUGACAUGGAGACCAGGCGCAAGGUGCAGCGGGAGCGUGCAGAGAAGCUCGCAAAGGAACAUGGGAUCCGGUUCUUUGAGACCAGUGCCAAGUCCAGUGUGAACGUGGAGGAGGCCUUCAACACCCUGGCCCAGGACAUCCUGCUGAAAUCCACCAAGAAACUGGGCAAAAUCCCCAAAGGGAACCUGGACUUGCAAAGUUCUCCGAAGAAAAGCAGCAGUAAAUGUGCCGUGGUCUAGCAGCAGCCACGCCGCAGGAGCACCCCAGGGUGCCACCCCUCCCAGGCGCCACGCCGGAGCACGUAGUGCCACUGUGCCACUCCUCUCCUUUCUGCCACUCUCCUGUUCCUCUGUGACAGCGUGGGCCGGGCAGCUCCCUGCGCCUGGAGCCGGGCGGCUGGGCAGAGCUGAGCUCCGGAGCUGGGGUCUCCGAGGGGCCAUUCCUACAGCCAGUCAACCUUCCAGCUGCUCGUGUGCUCCGAGAGAGGAGGAGCGGGAGGCGCCCUGCAGGCUGAUUUGGAGGGGAAGGGAGCAGAGGGGGGAGGGAGGAGCUGGAGAAGAGGGGGGCUGCAGAGAGGAAGGACAGGGGAGACCUGGCCAUGCUGCAGCCAGGGUGCAGGGUUCGUUCGCUUGGUGCUCCCAGGGGCACGUUGAGUCGAAGCCCUGGGAAGCCGGGAUCCCUUCUCCCAAACCAGCCUGCAGGUCCCCCGGGCUCCAGGCAAACACUGUACAUAGGGCUGGCUGCUCCAUCACACAUAGGAAUGACUGUCUGAAAACCCAGGGCCCGCAAGCCCCAGGUGGGGCCCAGUGUCUCUUCUCCCAGGGGCCGGCAGAGCCCCCUGCGGGGCCUCGGGCGCCCGGCGCUAUUUAAUUAACCAUAUAAAGCCCCAGCUUGUGCCUUC